AUAGCAUGGCAUGGUAUAGUCAAUAGUGAUUUUACUAAUUAUUUGUAAUCUUGAUUGAUAACUUACUUGUUAAAAGCUGCAAAAGUGAAUUGUUGGGUUUUGAAUAUGUGGAGUUUGAAAUUUGAAUUAUUGUAAUUUAUGAAUUUGUCAGCAGGGCUCGUAACCAUUUUUAUUUUUUAACAACUUUUUUGAACAAGUGGGUUGGAGUUCCAGUUGCAAAUAACAAAUCAUUUGCAAUUUUAAGACAAACGUUUUAUUGGAUGCAAAAUCAGUAUGUAACUCUAUUUGUAAUAGUGUUGCUUUAAUUGUAAGCGCUAGUUGAGAGACAGUUGGUCAAUUGCUGCCAAUUCAACUAUAAAUAUGAGUCUAAAUUGAUCUUUUAUUCCAUUUUUUAAAUCAAUUAACUAAUCAAAACAACAAUAAAUACACUCAUAUUACAAUGUCUGCUCCAUUAAAACUUUACGCUGCUGCUGCUCCAAAUGGUUUCAAAAUCACUACCUUUUUAGAACUUCUUGGUCUUAAAUAUGAUCUUCAAAUUCUUGAUAUCAGUAAAGGUGAACAAAAGGAACCUUGGUUUCUUAAACUCAAUCCUAAUGGUAGAAUUCCAACUUUAAUUGACUCAACCCAUGGUGUUACUGUCAGUCAAAGUGGUGCUGUCUUACAAUAUCUUGCUGAUACUUAUGAUCCAAACCAUAAAUUAUCUUUCAAAUAUGGUAGUAAGGAAUAUUAUAAACAAUUGGAAUAUUUAAUCUUUUCUGUGGCUGAACAAGGUCCAAUUACUGGACAAUUAUAUCAUUUCAAACAUCUUGCUCCAUGUAAAGACGAAUAUGCUAUUGAUCGUUAUUUCAAAGAUGUUAAUAGAAUUGUGGGUGUGUUUGAUGAAAUCUUGAAUAGAAAUAAACAUAAUGGUCUAUACUUGGUUGGUGAUCAUUUAUCAGCUGUUGAUGCUUCAGUUUAUGGAUGGUCAAGAUUUUUAAAACCAAAUGAUAUUGAAUUAGAAAAGUAUCCUCUUUUCAACCAAUGGUAUAACUCAGUUGAUCAAAAUGAAUUUGUUCAAAAGGGAGUUAAUAGAUUAUUACAAAAGUAAUACCUAACUAUCUACUUGCUUGCUAUAAGAAAAUAAUAUAAAAACUCCAAAAAAACUAGAAAAUCAAAUAAAAUCUCUUAAAAACAUCUUUUUUUUAAAUAUUAUAUAGCUUGAUAAUAUAUAACAUUGUUUUUUUAAAUUCAAAAUCU